AUGCCCAGUGAAAUUGAAGGAUUUAAUAUAGGAGAAAAGGAGGAAGUUGGAAAUGCCAGUACGAAAAAAAAAAACGGUGGAGGAUUUCAAGCAUUUGGCUUUAGUUUUCCCGUACUCAAAGGCAUUCAAAAAAGGGGUUAUAAGAUACCUACUCCCAUUCAGCGUAAAAGUAUUCCCUUAAUUUUACAAGGCCGAGAUGUAGUGGCUAUGGCUCGUACAGGUAGUGGAAAAACAGCUUGUUUUUUACUACCUAUGUUUGAAAAAUUGAUAAAUAAAACUCCAAAAUCACGGCUUGGUGUAAGAGCUUUAAUAUUGUCUCCAACCAGAGAACUAGCACUACAGACAGUAAAAUUCAUAAAAGAAUUGGGAAAAUUUACAAAAUUAAAAGCUCUUGCAAUUCUUGGCGGAGAUUCAAUGGAUCAACAGUUUGGUGCAAUACAUGAAAAUCCUGAUAUAAUUGUUGCUACACCAGGUAGAUUUUUACAUAUUUGCGUUGAAAUGGAAUUAAAAUUAACAUCCGUAGAAUAUGUUGUUUUUGACGAAGCUGACAGACUAUUUGAAAUGGGUUUUGGAGAACAAUUAAAAGAAAUUUUAGAUCGUUUAGGAGUUUCUAGGCAAACUGUAUUAUUUUCUGCCACUCUUCCAAAACUACUUGUUGAUUUUGCAAAAGCUGGAUUGGUUAAUCCUGUACUUUUAAGAUUGGAUGUUGAAACCAAAAUCCCUGAAAUGUUAGAUUUGGUAUACUUUUCAGUUAAACAUGAUGAAAAACUUGCUGCUCUACUGUGCCUACUUAAUCUUUUACCAAAAAAUACUCAAACUUUGAUUUUUGUGGCUACCAAGCAUCAUGUUGAAUAUAUUCAUAAGAUUUUAGAAAAAGCAAAUAUAUCUAGUUCAUACAUUUAUUCAGAUCUGGAUCCAACUGCGAGAAAAAUAAAUGCAGCAAAAUUUCAAAAUAAAGUAUGUUCAGUUUUAAUUGUUACUGAUGUAGCUGCUCGAGGAGUUGAUAUCCCACAAUUGGAUUAUGUUAUAAAUUACCAUUUUCCUGCUAAACCCAAACUUUUUGUUCACAGAGUAGGAAGAUGUGCAAGAGCGGGUAGAACUGGAACAGCAUUUUCUUUAGUAUGUUCAGAAGAAUUUCCUUAUAUUAUCGAUCUUCAUUUAUUUUUGGGGAAAAAAAUAAAUUUACUGGACAAAACUUCUAAAUUAACAACUUCUUGCAAUGCCAAAGAAGCUUUAGGUAAAAUUCCAUCUGAUGUAAUCGAAUCUCAGCAGUCUGAAUUAAUCAGUUGGCAUCACAAUGAUGAGGAAAUUAGUAAUUUAGAAAAAGUAUGUGAUAAUGGUUAUAAAAAAUACUUGAAAUCACGUCCUGGAGCAUCAAUAGAAAGUUUAAAAAGAGCAAAAGAAUUAGAUUUGUAUAAUGUUGAAGUUCAUCCCUUUUUUAGAGAUCAUUUCAAUGGUGAAGAAAAUAAUUUGGAACUCGUGGGAAAAAUAAAAAAAUAUAGGCCAAAAGGGACAAUUUUUGAAUUGAAUUUAUCGAAUAAGUCAAAAUGUUACACUGUUAUGAAAAACAUGAAGAAAUUUCAUGCUAAAAAUAUAAUAAAUUAUAAAAAAAAAAAGGAAACGGAAAAACUGAACGAAGAGGAAGAGGAUGAAAAUUUUGAUGAUAAUGAUAAUUUAAAAGAAAACCGGGAAGAAAGUGAAGAUGAUGAUUUUGUUUCGGCCGUUAAAAAAAAGAAAAAUAAUCAUUUGAAUGUAAGAAAAAAAAGAAAAUUUGUCGACGAAGAAUACUACGUUCCUCAUUUUGCAUCGGACCAAUACACGGAAAAGGGAUUAUCCGUCAAUAGUUUUACAAACGAAGCCAAUAAAUUAGCAUUCGAUUUAACGGGUGAUAACGAAAAUGAACUUAAAUCGCAAAAAAGAAUGAAAAUAUGGGAUAAAAAAAGAAAAAAAAUGGUCGGAGUUGCGGAUCAAAAAGUUGGGAAAAUCAAAACCGAAUCGGGUAACUGGAUAUCGGCAUCGUACAAAAGUAACCGUUAUGAAAAAUGGAAGGAACGAUCAAACGUGGCGGAAAAUAGCGAAUCGGAAAAUGACGAGGAAGGUGAAAAUAGGAAAAAUGUUAAAAACAAACGCCAAGGCAAGUUUAAUAAAACCGGAAAAUAUUCUCAAGGCUAG